AUGUCGGCAGACGCUUCCAGUUUCCUGCUACUGUCAGCAGGAGCGUCGCGAACACCAAAACGCAGGAUCGACAGCAAGAAGUCCAUUAUCAACCUUCUGACAUCAUCAGUAGAAAAACAAAAUCGCGCGAUGCCUCGUCAAGCUCCUCCGUAUGCUCCCGUCAAGCCGUCCCCAACGAUAGACGAUUGCAUCAGGUCUCUGCGGUUAAGUGAUUACUGUCAAUGGGCCGGAUCAACGAUUGCUUUGUGGGGUUACGGUUUCAUUGUGGGAAAGCCCGCACGAUUCGCCAUAGCGGGUAUGAUGGCCGGUAUCGGCUUUACCUUUGGCUCCAUGGUGGUCUUGCAGAAUACGCGUGGUCGAUUGAUGGGCUACCGCGAGAACUCCCGGGAAGUGAAGCGCUUCGGCGCCGCGGAUCCGGAUCACGUUUUUACGGCGGAAGACUUGUUUCAGCCCAAUAUGGACUGGAAGAAACAGAAUUAACUGUAUACCCGCUGUUUACUGUUAACGCAAGAACUAUAACCAACC